AUGACAUCUAAAAGAGUAAACACAACAGCAACAGCUAGAUUAAAGCAAGACUAUCUGCGUUUAAUGAAAGAUCCCGUUCCUUAUGUUAGAGCUAUUCCUUUGCCAUCAAAUAUCCUAGAAUGGCAUUAUGUAGUUCAAGGACCAGAGAAAACUCCAUUUGAAGGUGGUAUUUACCAUGGUAAAUUAGUCUUUCCCAGAGAAUUUCCUUUCAAACCACCUAGUAUUUAUAUAAUAACACCAAAUGGACGUUUUAAAUGCAACACAAGGUUAUGUUUGUCUAUCAGUGAUUUUCAUCCUGAUACUUGGAAUCCAGCAUGGUCUGUAGCUACAAUAUUAACAGGCUUACUUAGUUUCAUGUUGGAGAAAAGUCCUACAUUAGGCAGUAUAGAAACAUCAGAUUAUACUAAACGACAACUAGCUGCUCAAAGUGGACCAUUGAAUCUGAAUAAUAAGACAUUUAUUGAGUUAUUUCCUGAUUUAUCAGAAGAAAUACAAUCAGAAAUAAAACGAAGAGAUGAAGAAAUUAAACAAGCAACUGAAAGUAGUGGUAGAUUAUCCAGUAACUCUAAUAUUAGAAAUAAUAAUAGUCCUUCCUUUAAUCAACCCUUCAAUAACAAUAAUGAACCUAAUCAAGGCUUUUGGGGAAGUGCAUUAGCUAACAUCUUUGUAAUUCUUGGAUUUGCUGCAUUUGCAUUCACUGUGAAAUAUGUUCUACGUAGCGUGAUAGAUUGA